CAAUAACCAGCAUGCUAACAUGGAUAUUCUCUAGAAGGUCAUACUAGAAGGAUACUGUAGGGUUGUGCCCAGUUCUCUGUGACCUUAAUCAAACCGAAUUUACGAUUUGCACGUGUUCGUCUUUUUGAAAACUUUCGUCCAGCCACAUCAGUUCUCAGUUUUCGAAUCAAUGGCGACCAAACGGGAAAAAAUCCCGCUGACCCCACUACAAAUCGAUCAGCAGCUAAUAGAACGAGUUAAACGGUUGGAACCUGACAAGGACAUCAUAGCUAGAGAAUUUCAUGACCGUCCACCGCUUCCACGAGAAAGGGCUAUUACAAGAAAACCCAUGUCUGACCAUGAUUAUGUGGACGACAUCGACCCACCUGAAAGGUUGCUUGCAUUGUUACGCGAGCAGUUAAAGGCGCCCUACGAACGUCUUGAACUUCCUCUAACUACCGCUCAAGAAAUUGGGUUUUAUGCCACAACAAAUUUGGUCAACACUGACGGGCGAGACGAACAAUUAAAUUUUCCUCGGAAUGGCACGGAAAUCACCAUUAUUCCAGAUUUGUAUGCCAAAGACAAAACAAGGACUUCUUCAAAAAAACCAUAAAGAAAUCAUGUUACUACGCAGUCCCCAUUAAAAGCUUCGGAUUCGUAAUAUGUAGUAAUACUGUAGUAGAAGCGGAUAUCCAGUGAAAUUGGAAAUUUCGUGCUUAUCGUACGCAGUUGCACUGCAUUUGUAUACCGAAAAACUGGUCCGCGCCAAGACUAUUGUACAGGUUGCGAAAGCCUGCGAUUUCUUCUAUUCGCAAAAUAUGUUUUAUCACAGAUUCUUGUGAGCGCAUUAUCGACAAAUAA